AUAGUGUACGAUUUUAACGAAUACGAUCAUCAUAGUUAUUACGGAAGAAGAAUUCAGUGGACGAUUUUAUUAUAUCAUCUGUUUUUACGACCACGUUUUUACGCUUAUUUAUUGUAUUUAUUAACUAAUGGUUACGACACGUUCCGGAUACGAUACGGAUAUGACACCGGAAGAAAUUAAAGCCGAGAUCAAACGGAUCAAGGCAGAAAUUCGGUUGGCGGAAAAUAAGAUCAAGGGUUUGGGCGAACUCGAAGAUCAUCAGGAUAUGAAACGUUUAAGCAACGAAUAUUACCGGUUGUGUAACAAAAUAAUCGAAAGCAACGCCCUAUCGAUCGCUGAAGAGAAAGAGUUCGAUAGCUUUAAACCAAUAAUCGAUGAUAUCUUACGAAUAAGUUCUGGUUUCGCUAUUAUCAACAAUGGGCUAAACCGAUUACGGAAAAAAGAAGCCAUCGAUCACGAUAAUAAAAUUACGCGGAAGAAGCUUGAUGAUAUGAAAGUCGUGGUCAGCUGCAUCCCGAACAUGGAAGAACAAUUGGUGGAAUUGGAGCGACAGUUUAUAUUGUUAUCGGUCGAACAGGACGACAAAAAUGAUGUUGCUCCAAGUGAAGGAACCACUGAUGCGGCCACAACAUCAUCAAGUAAUCAAACAUCAUAUAAUGAAGCUCAACCAUUUUGGUGGGAUUAUGGUUUCCAACCACGUACAGGUCCAAAGAUUGAAGCGAAACGAUUGAAAAAGUACGAUGGUGAUCCAAUUGGAUAUCCGGUAUUUCGAAAGACGAUAUCGCAUUAUCUAAUUAAUAAUCCACAGUUACGAGGUAACCUGAACAAGCUGAUGGAAGUCCGUGAUUUGCUUCCUGAGAAACACCAAUACAUCCUCGAUCGCGUAGAUCAGCAAAACCGUUGGACGUGUUCUUAG